UUUAUCAAGUUAAAGUAAGGUUUAUCUCAAUUGUUGAGCCACUGUAUAUCCAACUAAAUGACAGCUGGCUUAUCUUACCAGUUUUCAGUAAUCCGAGAUAGCCUUAGUCCUCAAAUAAUUAAGAUUUUUUAUACUGAAGCAUAUGUUACACAUUUGUGAAAUAUGAUAAAAAUAAAUCUUGUAGCAUUUCAAGAUUUACUCAAGUACAUAAAAUAAUAUUUCAUUGUUUCUUUUUUUAGCUUCUAAUGUUGAAAGAGAUCUUGAAGAGUUUGUUAGAAGAUUAACGCAUCAACCCCUCCAGACUACCCAGGACAUGCAAGCAGCUUUGGUACCGCAGUUAAAUUUGCCAUUAUUAAGGCAUCGAGUAGAUGAAUCAUCUCGAGACUCUGAUGCUUCCAUUUCCUUGGGCAAGUUUCCAUUUCAAAGUAGUUUAAGUAGAAGUGGAGCACACAGUUUUGCAAUAGCAUCUGUCUCUCAGAAACGGCCUGAUGAAGGUGUUGAAAUAAAUGCAAAGGCUUCUGCAUAUGCAUCUGUCAAAGAUGUGAAUGAUGAGGAACAUUUAGGACAAAAUGGAGUAUCACCUGAAGAAUUUUCAGACCAAUCAGACAAAGUAUCUCCUACACCAACUGAAAGAACUGAAGAUGCAACUGCAAGAAAAACUGCUCCAUAUACUCUGAAACGGCAGCAGACUGAGUCUGUCAUGAAGGAAGAAGAUUCCUUCAGUGAUAUUUAUUUUGUUGCUAUAGUUGCUGGUUGUUGUGCUGCUGGAAUAUUUGGUGUCAUAUCAGCUGGAUUUUGCUUUUAUAGGCUGCAGAAAAAUAGAAAAGCUGCAAUUGAUGUUGAUUAUCCUGCAUAUGGAGUGACUGGACCAUGUAAGGAUGUAUCUUCACCUAAUGGGGACAGAAAGUUAGCUCAGAGUGCUCAGAUGUAUCAUUAUCAACACCAGAAACAGCAGAUUAUUGCAGUUGAAAAAGCUGGAUCCACAAAGAAUGCUUCUGCUUCAGAUGUUGAUUCAGAAGAGGAAAAUGAAGAAGGGGAUUAUACAGUUUAUGAAUGUCCAGGAUUAGCACCAACUGGAGAGAUGGAAGUGAAAAAUCCAUUGUUCCAUGAAGACUCGACUCCAGUGUCACCUCCUGUACUCUCAACUAAAUCGGACAAGAAUACAAAUAAUUAAACUUUUUUUAUCCAUCCAGAAUAUAUUACAAGCUCAUAACUCCCAAUUCCUUUCCCCUUUAUUUGAAAAGCCAUUUUGUCGUACCCUGCAUUCCACUUACCAGUUUCUUGUUUAUCUUAUAAAUGCAGUAAUUUAUUGUUUACAUUUUUAAAAAAAUUAUUUUUGCAACAAAAUAUAGAAAUACCUUGCUAAGUAUCAAUAUACAAAAACACUUUUCCAUGUGCAAGCUAAAAAAUUUGUUUCAGUUAUGGCAUUUUAACAGUUAGUAUAUUUUAUUAAGAGCACAGAAGUUAUAUAUUACAAAAUGUUGAUUAUUAAUAUUUUAUAUGUAUAUAUUGUUUUCCAUUUUCUGAGAAAAAUUAAGAACUCUUAAUAAAUAGUGUUUUAUAUUUAGGCACUUAAUAUUCAGGAUUAUAAUUUCACAGAUAGUAGACAAAUUCUGUUCUAGAUUAUUGAUCCAUUUAUUUGACUCUUAAUUUUACAUUCCAGAAUAAUUUAGAAUUGUUGCACUGCUUGUGGUAAUGAAUCAUACAACAGUGCACUUAAGUAUGCCUUUAUACUUUUAUAAAAUUUGACUUCAAAACUUGUGUUAUACUUCAAAAACCCUUCUAAUUUUUUGUCAGUGCCAUGAAAAAUGGAAUAUUUAAAUGUAGACAUUAAAAUUAUGGUUUUAUGUACAUAGUAUUUUUUGUUCCUUGCAUAGAUUUCUGCAGUGUUUUAAAGUUCUUGGAUUUAAAAAUGUUUAUUUUUAUUGAACUCUAUUCUAGUCAGGUGAAAAUGAGUAUUUACUAGAUUUAAAUUUAUACAUGUUUUAGAGAAGUUUUUGUUAACUUCAUCCUAGUCAUCAUUAAUGCACACAAUAGGAAAUUGUUUGUAUUUCUUACAAUCGGCAUUUUCAUGUGUUUUAAAUAUAUUGUACAGUUUAUGUAUUUGAACAUUUCAUGAAAUGGCAGAGUUUAUAUGCUUAUAGUUUAUUACAAAAUAGUCAAAUAUACAAGUAGAAAAAGGUUAAAGCUUUCAAGUUUCUGAAUUAGAAAGCGAUUAAAGAUUUGAUUACAGUAUGAAUUAAAAUUACAUUUUAAAUUAUGUAUGAGAAAAUUGUUAAUAUAUUUUAUGAAAAAUAAGAUAAAAUAACUAUUUGCAUUAUCCUGUAGUUUGUAUUAUUUAAAUAUGUUAGAGCUGACUAAAGAUAUUGAUUGAAUUAUAAUUUUAGUGAAAUAUAAGUUUAUCAAUUUAUAAUGUUAAGAAACAUUACUGAUGGCAUUCAAGCUUUGCAUUUUUUAUGAAGAAUAUAUAUAAAUAAUGCUGCAUUUAUUUGUACUUCGAUAAUUUUAUAGAGAUGUGUAAAAUGGCAUUUUGUAGUGAAGUUAUCUUCCAAUUGAACUCUUAGAAAGUUUCAAUUAAAUAUACAUAUAUGCAAGUCAAAGUGGUUUAUGAGCAAACGUCAAUAUGAUGUAACUUCUGCUUACUUAAACUGAAUUGUAAAUUAAAUAAACAGCUGCUUAUUCAAAUGUGUAAAUAUAAAGUUUAAAAAAUUUGCUGAAUUUUAUUUUUACAAAGCAUAACUGUUGAUGAACUAAAAUUAUCUCCCUCUUCAAAGAACUCUGAAAAUUGGAUUAUGCAUAUCAAAAAAUUGUAAAAGUUAUUUAUCUACUCAACUUUAGCUUGGGUUUGGCACUUUUAAAUAGUAGUGAAUGCAGUUAUACAAUUAGCUUGUGGAAGAUGCAAUUUUUUUUUUAAAUUUUAAAUUGGACAAGCUUCAGAAAUGUGAAAUUGCAUUUGUAAUUUUUAAAUUAAUUACAUGGCAAAAUAACAAUUUAUCCUUUAAUAUUAUUUAUAAGACUAUUCAGUAUGUGUUCUCCUUGUUAAGCUGAAUGUCUUGAUAAACCCAAAACUGUCUCCAGGUGAAUGGUUAUCUUCAGGUUUAGAAUAAUUAACCUUUGGUAUAUGUGUGAUAUAUGGUAUUCCCAUAAGCAGAGUCAGCUGGUAUAUGGGUCCAAUAGAUGACAGUUUGUGAUUUAUUUUCAGUUUGACCAUUUGCACUUUCACAUUUCCUAUGCUUAUUCUUAAAUGCAAGUAGGUUAUUUUAUAAUAGCUUUGUAAAACAAAAACAUGCAAUACAUUCUAUGCUUAGAUCAUUAUGUAUGUUAGUCACUAAUUAAUGUAAGUGCUUAGUCAAUUACGCAGUUUAAUUUGUGUAGAAGUAUUUUUUCCUGAAUUUUAUUUAUCUCAAGAAAAUUCUGUGUCAAGAGUUCAAUAACUUAAGUCAGCAUGGUUGUGCUUCCUGUUGUACAUAUAUAUACAAGUACAAUAUUAAUAAAUCGUUUUAACCCUU